AAAGAGGCGCACAGAACAAAGCAUUUCUUGCGCAUCAUUAUCGCCGCUGUCUCUGUCGCAGCUGGUAUUGUAAUACAUCAGCACCCCGCAGCACAUAUACGUCCAGCAGCGUUAGAUUUCAGACGCAGAUUAUUAAACGCACAUUAUUUCUCGACCGUGUCAUUGCGUGGGUGGGUAAAGUCUCGCUGUUUACCAACACCGAGCGCCUCUCUCAGCUGACAGUGCCGAUAGGCGGCGUCCUUCUGCCGGAGGAGACGCCGGGAGCGGAGCGGAGGCAGCCUGUCUGCAAGCAGGGAAAGGGGACAAACGAUGCCAGGAGAACGUGCUCCAGAAUCUGGGCUCGGUCCAAUUCGCCCCCGAAGGACGGUGUGAAAGGGCUGCGAUGCGCACGGCAGAAAAGCGGAGGGUGGAAAGCAGUCUUGAAUGAGGAAUAAAGGAGCCACCCAGGCGGACAUAACUGCCCAGUCCGAGGGAAUGAGGCGAAUUCCAGCGGAGAACCGCUAGAGAAGACGGGCAAAGCUGCUCCGCCAUCUGCAUGCGAAGCGGGUCCCACGGAGCGCCGGGGAGGACGAGCCGCAGCCGCAGCCGAAGAAGCGGCGCUCCUGGGACAGCCGUGCAUUUCCCACGCUGCGCAACGAGGACAGAGCGCAAAGGUCCUCAUGGCACUCGUGAUGGAGCCGGUCAGCAAAUGGAGCCCGAGUCAAGUGGUGGACUGGAUGAAAGGCCUGGAUGACUGCCUGCAGCAGUACAUUAAGAACUUUGAGCGGGAGCAGGUAGGUGGGGACCAGCUUCUGCGUAUCACGCACCAGGAGUUGGAGGACCUGGGCGUGUCACGUAUUGGUCAUCAGGAGCUCAUCUUGGAAGCUGUGGACCUGCUCUGUGCUCUGAACUACGGGCUGGAGACGGAGAACCUGAAGACGCUGUCCCACAAGCUGAAUGCCUCAGCGAAGAACCUGCAGAACUUCAUCACAGGCCGCCGGCGCAGUGGCCACUAUGACGGGCGCAGCGCGCGCAAGCUGCCCAACGACUUCCUGACGUCUGUAGUGGACCUCAUCGGUGCUGCCAAAAGCUUGCUGGCCUGGCUGGACAGGUCCCCCUUUGCCGCAGUGGCCGACUACUCCGUAACCCGGAACAGCGUGAUACAGCUGUGCCUGGAGCUGACCACCAUCGUCCAGCAGGACUGCACUGUGUACGAGACCGAGAACAAGAUCCUACAUGUGUGCAAGACACUGUCGGGAGUCUGCGACCACAUCAUCUCUUUAUCCUCGGACCCUGUGGUCUCCCAGUCUGCCCACCUGGAGGUGGUCCACCUGUGCAACAUCAAACCUGCAGAGGGAUUGGGCAUGUACAUCAAAUCUACAUACGAUGGACUGCACGUCAUCACAGGAACUACAGAAGGGUCCCCAGCUGAUCGCUGUAAGAAGAUCCAUGCAGGGGAUGAGGUCAUCCAGGUGAACCACCAGACUGUGGUGGGCUGGCAGUUGAGAAAUCUUGUCAAUUCCCUGCGUGGAGAUCCUAGCGGUGUGGUGCUGACGCUGAAGAAGCGCCCCCAAAGCACGCUAGGCUCAGCCCCCGCCCUUUUGAAAAACAUGCGCUGGAAGCCUCUCGCACUGCAGCCGCUUGCCCCGUCGAGCCCCACCAGCAGUGUGGCCACAUCCUCCAGCACCAUCAGCACCCCCUCCAGGCGCAACAGCUCCGCCCUACAGGACCUCUUCAUCCCACCCCCCCCUGCAGAACCCUAUACCCCCAGAGACGAGCAGGGUAACCUGUCCGGGGAUGACCUGGCCCGUCACCAUGGGGGUAUCCCUGUUGCCAAAGGCUCAGAGUCCCCCAACUCCUUCCUGGACCAGGAGCAGCACAAGCGCUUUCCGCUGGGGGAGCAGGAGGCUGUGCUCUACUGCUACGAGUACGACAAGGGCCGGGGUACCCCACCCGGGCGUCGGGACGGCACGCCCACCUAUGGAAGGCUACGGCCGAUCUCCAUGCCCGUGGAGUACAACUGGGUGGUGGAUUACGAGGAUCCAGCCAAGCUGAAGAGAGACAGCAAGAGAGAGAGCUCUCUGCUGCGGUACGUGAGCGAGGAUGCAGCCCCUCCGGAGGAGUACCUGACCAGUCGCAGCAGCAGGAGGAGCAGGAGGAAGGGAGACAAGGAGGGCCAGGUGCCCACGCUGCAGAUGGAGGUGAUGCGGCAGGAGUCUCUCUCCACGCCCAUCUCUGACUCCAGCUCCCUGUACCAUACCUUCCAACCGUCGUCACUGCUGUCCAAGUCCAAGAAGAAGAAAGCAGCGAUCCCCCUGCCCACCAUCAGCAAGCGCCGGGUGUCCUGCCGGGACCUGGGCCAGGCCGACUGCGAGGGUUGGCUCUGGAAGAAGAGGGACGCCAAGAGUUAUUUCUCCCAGAAGUGGAAGAAGUACUGGUUUGUGCUGAAGGAGUCCUGCCUCUACUGGUACAUGGACGAGGAGGACGAGAAGGCAGAAGGAUUCAUGAGCCUGCCGGAGUUCCACAUCGACCGCGCCAGUGAAUGCCGGAGGAAGUAUGCUUUCAAAGCUUGUCAUCCAAAGAUAAAAAGUUUCUACUUUGCAGCUGAUAGCGUGGAUGAUAUGAACAGGUGGCUGAGCCGACUAAAUAUGGCUACCACGGGCUAUGCGGAGCAGGAGAGAGUCAGGCAGGAGCAAGAUUACUGGAGUGAGAGCGACCAUGAGGACGACACGCCAUCAACGCCGAAGCAGGACAGCCCACCUCCACCUUACGACACCUACCCACACCCUUCAUCAAUGAGCUCCUCCAGCCCUUACCUCGAGCCCCGGCACAGCCGCCUGUCAUCCACAGAGACAUCGCAGUCACGCUCCUCCCAUGAGGAGUUCCGCUCUGACCCAUCAGGGGGCAGCAGUGGGGUGUCACCCGCACGUCCAUCAUCCAGCCAGCGCCGUUCAUGGCAGGACCUGAUUGAGACACCCCUGACCAGCACCGGGCUGCACUACCUGCAGACAUUGCCUCUGGAGGAUGUGACACAUGGUGAACCGGGCAACAGAGUGUCGCCUGAAGGGCGGCGCCAGUCCACACUCCCCGCACAACGCAGCCUGCUGCAGGACCACUAUGGGCCUGUCUGCGUGACAGGGGUGGAGCAGCUGCUCAGUGUGCCAGGGGCGGGCAGCAAACCCCGCAGCUAUACCCUGCCCCGUGACGGGGGUCUCCACGCACUCUUCAGUCUGAGCACGAGUGCAGAGCACAGGGACAUGCAGGAUCACACAGACAGCGAGCGGGAGGUUGCGCAGAGAGCAGACUCCAUGAGGGACCUGUACCCCGCCCUGGAGCGGGUCAGUGUUUCGCCCAUUGGGGAUCCCCGGCGUUCCACCCGCCUGGAGUACAAGCGCUCCUUCGUCCGACGUGGCAACGACGCCAUACUCAACGACAAGCUGCACAGGCUACACGUCCUGCAAAGCACGCUCAAGGACGUCCAGAUCCAGGACACAAAGCCUCCAUCAGGAUACUGACACCUUACCGCCCUCUCCCCCCACCCCCUACAGUAAGCACUACCCUACCUCCAUGUGCUCUUUCUGCCUCCAGAAGGGCUGCAAGAACUGUGCUGGACUUCCAGCGAAAGGAUGCCCCCUGUAGGAUGGACGACAUCCCCACCAUAGCGUUACGUAUAUUUCCGGUCAGAAAUUCUCUGGUAGAGAGUGCAGAGAGCUAAGAUGAGCUUUGGCUAACAGCAGCUACACUAAAAAUGACUUCCUCUUCUGCCCUUUGGUUUUACGAAUGCGAUAACGAUGUUCAGAGUAUUGCUGUGACGGAACCGGGAGCGCAGACCACCGUGUGUGUGACGGUUUACAGGAGGGGGGGGCGCCCGAAAUCUCCAGGCAAGUGGGCCGGAAGAGUUUUUGUUGUUUCAUAAUCAAGGUUUUAUUGGGUUUCAAAGGACGGUGCCAGAUACACAAGCUUCUCUUCUGACCUUUCCUUGUGACCUCGGUCUCCAGCGGUCAGAUCGCAGCGGUUCCUGCAGGACUCUCUUCAUGCAUCGCAUACGAUGGUUCCGUUACUGUGCAUGGCUUCCUUUUCUGUACAUGUCUGCAACACAAAGGUGUACACAUGUAAAUACAGACGUACAUAUGGAGAGAGAGAGAGAGGGAGAGAGAGAAGGAAACAGAGUGAGUGUGGCGGCUCUAAUUUUGGCUGCAAUGCUGUGCAAUCAGUGUGUUUUAAGCCAGUCCGUAUCAAAUCAUUUUCAGUGUCGCUGCUUUCUGAUUGGCGUGUGUCAACCCUUGUGCUUUAACUAUUCUGGCUUGACGUUCCUACACUCUGAACACUCCUCAUUCCGAAGAGGUUGUUGCCUGGCAAUAAUUAACCUAUAGUGAUAAUGAGUUGAUUUGUUAGAUACGAUAACAGGAUCUAUUUUUGUAUGCAUCAUGUUUACCUGAAUGUCGAUGGUGGUUUUUGUAUAAUAAGUGGUGUUACUUGUGGCUGCGAGUGUGACUGCUAAAUGACUUUGUAUAAGAUAUUUUGACAUGUUUGAACUGUACUGUAAACACAACAGGAUUAUUCAGUGUUUUUUUUUCCCCCCGUGUCAUAAUGGAAUCCCAGCGCACUUUUAUGAAU